GUGAGUGUGGGGGAGCAUGGUUAGAACCGCGGAAGGUCAACGAUAUUUGUGCUUGUUUGAAAUAAGUGCAUUCGAAUGUACUUAUGAAGUUUGAGGUCAAACUUGAGGACCACUUAAGAUUUGGAUAGGUAUAAAAAGGUUCUAGUUGGCAAAAUUGUUAAAAGUGAAACUUUCGAAAAUGAAUAAGUUGUUCCUGAUCAUAAGCAUUGCAGUUGCAGUUUGCGCUAAACCCACCGCCAAAUCUUCCGUUUUUGAGUGUCUGGAUAAGUUGCAAUCAAACCUGGAAAAGCUAGAUUUGACCAAUUUUGGUGAUUUAGCUGAAAAUAUAGUGAAAACACUGACAGCUUUGGCAGACCACUAUCAGCGAUGUAAGGAAAUCCCACGUGACGAUCCUCCCACAAUUCUGCAGCAGAUGCUUAUAAGUGGAUGUGAAAGCAGCUGGAAUGCAAGCGUGGCCACCGAGUUGGGCCGAAUUGGGUUGGAGAUUCAGGUCCGCGUGCACACGGCGGUAGAUUUAGUUGGCCAGUUUUCCAUGUGUACAGGGAUUAAAUUUUGAUGUUUUGUAUCAAAUUAAUUUUAACCCUCUACUGCCCAAAUUUUUUUUUCGAAAAUAUUUAUUUUUCCCGUGUUCAGGAGGUCAUUUUGAGCAACUUUUGUUCUACAAAAAACUUUACUUCUCUUGUUUUAUGUUUUUCUUGUUUCAUUUUUAGUAUUUUAAUUUGCAUUUAUCUUGUUAAGUUUAUGAUUGUUUUUGGUAGUAUUUGGCCUACUCUACCACCUAAUAUAAUUACAUUUCGCCUAUCUAAUUUUUUCAUGUUUUUACAGUCACUUUUUCAAUUUUUUGCAUGUUUUUCACAUUUUCUACUAUAGAAUCGCACCAUCAUCAUUUAAAUUGCAAAAAAAUGCGUAGAGGCAUAGUCUGGGACACUACAAAAAUUACUGCAUACUUCUUUUUACUGAAAAUAUAGGAAAUGUUAGUAAAAAACACAGCCAAAGUUGACCCCUAAAAAAAUGACAUUUUUAAAAACAUUGGCAUAGUCACAUAAAACAAGUUAAACUUCCAACCCUGAAAAUUUCUAAAAUUUUAAGAGUUCUUCUUUCCAAUGCUUUUUAAGGAUCAAAAAUCGGUUGGAAGUUUGAUUUUUGGCGAUUUUUUAGAUCGAAGCCCGUCUAAAGGCGGGGUUAGGUUGUAGAGGGUUAAAAAAACGAGCACGAAUAAAUUAGAUUAUUUAAACACAAG